CAUCAACGGAUGGUGCACAAUUGAGCCUUGGACGCAGCACUAGGACUAGCGGUUUGGUGGCGCCCUGCAUGGAAGAUUCCAGCAGAGCCUGUUAGAAUGUCGGCAAGUAGGUAGGGCACAGGAGAGACAGAAGAGUUGUUGACUGGGCAUGGGGCGAGAUCGCGAGAUCUGCAUCAUGUCCAUCUGGCACCACCAAUUGAACCGUGUUGAGAGUGAUCUCGGUCAUCGACAUGAUCACAGGCAAACCCCCAUUGGGGACGAAAGUCCGCAGCACUGUCUCGUCUAGCGCCGCUGCUUGUCACGCACCAGUUGCGUAGUACAAGGGGGCUACACCAAGCAGCUGCUCUGCCCAAUUGUCGCGUAGAAGUCUGGCCAGGCAGAUCCAAAUGACUUUGACUGCCAACAAGUGAUCUGCCUUAAGGUCUCUGCUUCAGGACUCAGAAGCUUUAACAUAAGCAGAAGGCCAAGUGACGGUGACCAAUCUUCAAAGACAAACUUUGCACGCUAGUACACCCACCACGUACUGACUUGCACUGCAAUUGCCAUAGCACAAAUCACGCUCCUGAGAGCCACUCCGCUCGCGAGCAACAGUCUCAGUGCAAUAGUCAGUAAGAAAGAUUUGAGUCUUAAGCAUACUGACUGAUCAGCUGAGAACAGCCAUCUACCUGAGCGGUAGCAUCGCCGCAGUUGAUCUUGGAUCUCUAUAGCAGACUUCUUCUAGAUCUGCAGGUCUGGCUCUUCUAGUGCCUGACCAGUCAAGAGUCAAAGCCAGUCGAACAAUCUGAUCAGCCCGCACUAGAGGAUGCAAAGGAGUGUCCUUCUGAUUGAUCCAGUCCAGGCAGUUCAGAAGCAGAGAGUCCAAGAUGAUUGGCUCAAGUCUAGCUCGUGUUAAGGUUUCUUCUAUCGCAUUUGCAACUCCUCAGCAGCAGGGAGCAAAAAGAUCCCAAUCAGCGGUGCGUCAAGCACCCUACUCUGCAGUACAGUCUGGGAAGUCAGGCGCUCAGCAAUUGACAACUGUAACUUUGAACAGUGACCCUCAUUUGCGGAGCUUCAGGCACCAGAUUAUCCCAGCGGUGCAGAAGGUGCAAUUCGUUGUCAGUGUUGAAAGAAGGAAGCCGGCCUUGGUUCAGUCGAUUCAAACGGCCAGUCCUAGCCUGGCACCUCCUUCACCAAGAGGCUUCAGAAAGAGGGCGGUGGAGUAUCCAGUUAGCACUGAGGAGUCUCCAGUGAGGAGGAGAGCUGCUGAGAGAUCAAGGCCGGUUCACACACGGGGUACCGCACAGGUGGCAUUUCCACCUCUUUCGAGCGAAGAAGAUGUUUGGAGGCAACUGGAAGCGUCGUCAACCAGCCUCGGGUCUUCAUCAACCGAUCUGAAGUCUGUGGAGGCAGUCAUUUUGUCAACUUUCCAGGAAUCAAUCGCAGCUCUUCGAUCCCCAGCCACAACGAGCACCCUCCUCCUUCACCUUCUCGCAGCACUCUACGGAUCGAACACUGUCGUCGCCAAGCUCAUAGACUCCUCAGCCGCAGACUUGCCCCCCAGUCUGACAACCUUGGCUAGAUACGUCAUCACGACGCUGCCCUUUGUACCUGCUCUCUGGGGAGCUCUCCGCUCAAAGGAAGAUGGUCUCUUCUUGGGGGGGUGUGAGCUGGGCCUGCAGGCCUUCCUUGGCAUCCUGUGUGGAUCAGCAGCUGCAAAGUCAGCGACAGCCAGCAACGCGUCGAUGCUGUUCACGUUCACGAUCAUCGUCAUGCCAAUGAUGGAGAUCUUUGCGGGCAGAUCGGUGAGCAAGCUGACCUGGGGCGCAACUCUGGCGGCCAUAUCGGCUAUGGGGCUGCUCGAGUGGGAGGGGGCCCACGUCCAUGACGCUCUGGCCCCUCACGCAGGCGACAUGUGGCCGCUUAUCGGGUGCGCUUUGUCAGCCGCACAAAUCUUCCGUUCUGAGAGUCUCUCGGCGAAGUUCGACCCACUGCACUUGACUGCGGUCCAGCUGGGCGUUCUGACCCUCCUCUCCGCCGGUUGGGAGGCCUUCACCCUGAUCAGCGGCGGUACGCACCUCGACGCCCUACAAGGUCAGCUGGAGGACCUUCCUUGGGGGCUGCUCUUGUACAGCGGCCUCGUCUGUGCUGGCCUCUGCCAGUGGGCGGAGCUCAAGGGCCUGCGCCACGUGCACGCCUCCACCGCGACGCUCAUCUACACCACCAUCCCCGUCUGGGGCGCUUUUCUCUCCUUCCUCGUUCGCGGCGAGCCGCCGGGCAACGCCACCACCCUGGGGGCCGCCCUCCUGGUCAGCCUCGCCGUCGGCGGCCAGGCGUUCCGCGGAGCCGCGGCCGCGUUCGGCGCCGUCCGGGGUUUGGAGGGUUUGGAGGCGGCCGAGACAGGCAUGGCCUUUUUGCCCAAGCUGGAGCUGGCCGCCCCGAAGGCGAACUCGGAGGCGCUCCCCGCCGCGCUUCUCUCGACGCAGCUCAAGCUGCCGUUCUACGCGGCGGAGGCGCAGCGCGUCAUGGCUGAGACGAAGCUCCGCCUCGCGGCGGCCAAGUCGUCGCUCGAGUCGUGGAGCGGUAGCCUGAUCGGAGGGCUUACGGGGCCUAACUCGGAGGAGCUCAACGGCAGUCAAAACAACCCCUCCACGGCGGUGUCAACCUUGAACCCCGUUCCAGAUGCUGCUGCGCUCGCGCACCGCACCGCCGAAGCUUCUCACGCCUAUCCGAUCCACCCCGGCGUCGAAGCGCCCUCCUCGCACCUAGUCGGGACCGCUGAUGCGGCCAUCCACGCAGGAGGAACGCUGGCCAAGUCUUUCGUGGACAAGGCAGAAGCGCUGGGAGCGGUUCUUACUUCGGGAAGUGUACAGAUUACGGACUUCGCAAACGAGGGCCUUCGGACGGCAGCGUCCGCAGAGCAAAACCUGGCUCAGUCGUGGAUCACAGCAGUGGAGCCGCCACUCAGCUGGAUCGGACACGUGGCCGCGCUGGAUGUGGCCACGUGGUGCCAUCUCCUGCGCCACUGAACUCCCCUCCUUCGGAGCCCCUGAUUGUGAGAAGCUUGCCCUAUAAAAUAAGAGGACGAGAUCAGCCGCAUAAACAAAAACUUUCGUUGAGUCCAGGAUCAAUAGAUUUGCGAGGUCAAAAAGGCACGCGCUUGACAUAGGAGCAGCCAAAGCUGUGUGUGGUGGGUCAAAACGUAGUCUGCGUUUGAUGUGUGGGGCGAUGAGGCAGACACAUUGUCUGGAAAGCUGUAAAUAAUAUUUAAGCCGCUGUAAUAGUCAGACACAUUGUCUGCGUAGGACGUGGAUGUAACUUGAGCAGUAGGGCAGCCACAUAGCUGGUUCGAAUGAUUGAUCGCUUGUUGAUAGGCCCUUCGGCGGUGAGGGGAGAGUCUUCGAGGCCUGCAUAAGUUGAGCUUAAAGCUAAAUUUGACAUUGCAAAGACGAUGAGAUUUCUUAGAUGUAGCAGUUUUCUACUUCACGCGCCCAAUCCACGUGUGGCGCAGGGAUAAGGCAAAGUCGAUUCGAUUGAGGGUGAUCUGAAAAAGUUCGAAAGCUAGCUACAGAUCUGUGAAACACUAUUCUAACCGUCACCCCUCAUGCUCCAACUUAUUCCUGAGAUGUCCUGGUAUGGAGCUUGACCUGAC